AUGUGGGUGCGGGAGGCAGCGGAGAGCGGAAGGAAGGCAGGGAAUGACCCAUGGAGUGACAACAGGGAGAGGGGAGUGGGGACGGAGCGGGGACAGGGGGUGUCGUGGGAAGAUGCCCUCGCAGCGGGGGAGACACAGCCCAGCCCCGGGCCGGCGGGGUUCGGGAGCCCAGCCCAGGUGCCGGGGUUGGGCGGGGUUCGGGAGCCCAGCCCAGGUGCCGGGGCGGAGCUGCCGCCGCUGCCCUCUCGGCUCGGGUUACCUGGGAGGGGCGCGGCGCGGUUAUUCCCGUCUGGCCCGGCCCCCAGGACGGGAAGUGGGAAGUGGGAGGCAGCGGGUCCGGCUGCCGGAGCGAUGGGUCCUGCCGGAGCGCCGGGUCCUCCCGGAGCGCCGCUGCCGGUCCGGCUGCUCGCCGUCUGCUGGGCGGUCGCGGCGGGGAUGGCGGCAGGAGCAAAAGUUCUUCCACCUCCAUCCAACCUGGACUACUCAUUUAUCCAGAUCUGCACCCUGAACUGGACAUGGAAUCCCCCAGAGAAUGUCAGCAGUAGCUGCGACCUGGAGUAUUCCAGUGACAUCGUUGUUGAUGAGGUCCCUCAGGACAAGAGAGAAUGGAGUAAGAGUCUCUUCCGUGUGACGGACACGUUCCUGAACAAGGAAAUGCGUUUCAAAGUGAGGAGUGAGUGCAAAUCCGAUAAUGCCAGCGAGCCCAGCCCCUGGGUGGAGACCUCUCUUCUGCCAACAGGUGUUCCAGGUACUGCUGCUGUUGACUUGAGCUGUGUUUGGCACAAUUUGGAGCACAUGGUUUGUACGUGGCGUGCUGGGGAGAAUGCAAGCAGUGACACCAAUUAUACGUUGUUCUACUGGUUUGAUGGUUUGAAAAACCCUAAGAAGUGCAGCAACUAUUCUAUGGACCAAGGAAUCUUUGGAUGCCUUUUUGAUUUUAGCUUCCCAGAAGUCACCAGUACUUACCCAGCUAUAAGUAUUUUGGUUGGAGAUGAUUCUGAAGAAAUUAGGCCUGUGUGUGCAAGUAAAAAUCCUACGACCCUUGUAAAGCCUGCCACGCCCAGAAGUGUUGUGCUGUCAAAGAUUGAUGAUGGAAUAUACAUAGAAUGGAGUGAAUCAGACACCUUUCCAGAAAAUUGUUUAUUUUAUGAAGUUGAAUAUCACAGUGGUAAUUUGGACACUGCUCAGAUAAUUGAAGUUGAAAGGAAUUAUAUGUCAGUUCCUAGUGUUGAUCCUAAUAGCAAGUACAGCUUCAAAGUGAGAGCAAAACCCAAGCCUGAGUGUUACAGCAGCAAGCUCUUCAGUGACUGGAGUGAAGAAAAGAGUAUUGGUGAGAAGAUGGACUCUACUUUCUACUUUGUUUUAAUAGUCACCAUUCCAUUAAUAGUAGCAAUAUCUACAAUAAUUCUACUAGUUUAUCUAAAAAGGCUUAAGAUACUUAUUCUUCCUCCAAUUCCGGACCCUAGAGAAAUUCUGAAGCGCAUGUUUGGAGAGCAGAGUGAGGAUUUCCAGAGCUGUGCAAAGGAUGAAUCUGUGAAUGCAUACAACAGGUUAAUUAAGGAAGAAGAAAUUCAUACCUUAGUUUUAACAGAGACUCCAGUGGGCACCAAUUCUGAAAAAGAAACCCGAUAACCUCUGCUUAACCAGGGAGAGAGGAGGAGACUUCCAAUCCCAUGCCUCAGGUGACAGUGUGGAUGUGAAGAAGCUUGGGAGGCAUUCGCCAGCUUCCACCUCACAGAGUCCUCUCUGAGCCUUAAUUCUCUGAUGCUCAGAAGCUACAUCACUAACAGUGGCCAUUCCUCAGUUUCUGCUAGAAAUGCUGAUCUUGGAUCAUUCAAGAUGAGCUCCAUGGUCCUGCAUUGCAGCAUCUCUCCUGGCUUCAGCCAGCCCUGCCCUAUUACUUGUCAUUUGCACUUGUGUUGGUGCCUCGGUUGGACUGUAAAUGGGCCUUUUGGAGCAAGCACUGUGACUUCUCUGAAGCAUCUGGCUCUAUUUUGCAGCAGGUGAGAUGAGGCUCGUUUACAGUAGAUGGCUCAUCAGUGCCACAGCAUGGAACUGCUGCCAGGUAGGAUGCCAGAGCAUGGACCUUUGUGGAUGGACUGCUUUGUUUGCUCCAGGGCAGAGAGCUUUCCAGAGGGCAUUUCUGGACUGACCUUGCCUUUCUGGUUGAUGUGUGCCAGCUGUGGCCUGCUCAAACCCCAUAAAAGAGUUGUUUUUUCCUUAAAAAAAAUAUGCACGAAAAGCCUCUCUGCUCUCCAGCUGGUGUUCAGACUAUUAACAAAAAAGGUUUAGUUUUUUAUCCUUUCAAAUGCUUGUCCUCAGAUGCCUGGCCUUCAUGGACUUCUGGAGUUGUUUAAAAUGAGAAAUGUAUUUUUUUACCUGUGUUGUACAGUGGCAGAUAACUGUGUGUCUCACCAGACUGUGAUUCUCCUUUGGCCAAGUGGGCCUGAAAUUACCUGAUUUUUGGAAGCUGAGUCAACCUCAGUCUGCCCAGAAGACUCACCAGGAUGGAUGCAUGAGUCUGAGCCUGUGGUCAAAUGGAUUAGCAAGUGCUAAACUGCUGAAAGCAAAUGAGUUGAAAGACUUCAAGAGCCACCUUUACUGCUGAGCUGAUGGAUCUGGGGAAAGAGAGGGGGACAACCUUGGCUGGCUUUCUAAGGGAAAAGCCUCAUUGCUUUUGUACUGACGGGGUGAACUUCCCCUCUAGGAGCUUAGCAAUUUAAAACAAGGUGCUGAUUUGACUUGAAAAAAGUUAUUUCUUCUAUAUUUUACUGCAGAGGGUUGAUGACUUUUUCUAAAUUGUGGAUGGAUUUGUUCAUUUUUUGACGGUUUUGUUUUGAGGUUGCUUUACCCAGCAAUGCUCAACAGACAUUUUCGGUCACAACUGACAUUUCUGUGCUCUUUAGCUUCUCCUCUGUGCUGCAAGAGUAGAGCAGCAGCACCUUGAUUGUGCUGGAGGCGGAAAGUCAGGUAAUGGGAAGAAAGGGAUCCAUGCAAGCUCUUUAUGGUCAGUGUUCAGGAAUCUCUUGCUCCUCCCAGCUCAGUGCAGCCACCUUAGUCAGUGAUAUAGUCAGACUGGGAAGAGAUCUCAGAUGUUGGCUAGGAAUAAACUCUCUAACCACUAACCUUUUGAAGUUCAGCCCUGUCCUCAAACUCCAUUCAGUCAAAAAUCUGAAAUGCAGUGCUCCCUUUUUAGAACACACUGCUCUGAUGGAACUAGAACUAACAGAGCUUGUCUUUUAGCUGCAAAUUUACAUUCUUUGCCCUCUUGUGUGUUCCCUCCCUCUCAAUAAAUCCAGUUUUUCCCCCAGUCCCACUGAACCUCUCCAAUGUGCAGUUUCCUCCACAUCUCUUAUCUACCUCUUGUUACUGGUGGUAGAAGGGGGAGGAGAAAUGUAGCAGAACCAAAAAAACCACAUUUUAGUUUAAGUCUUUUACUUAGAAUCAGGCUAAAAAUGGGAUGGAAAAAAAUAUAAAAAUUGUUUAACAAGACAAAACAAAAAUAAAUCCUCAGGGAUUUCAGUGAGAUAAAACUCAGGUUAUACAAGGUCAGCUAGCAGCAUGAUCUGAUAUUCCAGAGGUAAAGGAAUAGUGUGGAGGAAAGGGUAAUAAAAAUCCUGUGCUGACUUCAUUCCUUCUCCCCUGCAACGUUUAUGUCAUUAUAGUGAUAACAAAUAUGUUUCAAAUCUACCUCAUCUACAACGUUGGUCAUUAUAGACCACUAGACAAACAGAAAGGUGUGAUUUCAGGAUAAGUGAGCAUAACAGUGUAUGUUUUGUGGCUUUCAGUACAGCAAUCUAGGAAGAUCACCCUCAGCACUUCACCCUAAAUUCUUUUGACUUUGGUAUUUAUGGUAAACACAAAGUUUAUUUGUUUGAAAAGCAGUAACAAAGAAACAAAUUCAUAAAGCCAAAGGAGUGGGAAAAACAGAUGGGAAGUGCUAGGGCAAAAGAAAGACUUAAAAUGCAGAUGAUGGUUUAGAUCACUUGAUAGGAAUGUUUUGGCUAAUUCUUUAUUUUCCAACUAGACAUAAUUGACAUACUUCCUAAUGGAUGGUUUUCUGGAGCCUGUGUCUGGGCACGUAAAGUGCCUGAGUAUAUUUCAAUCUUUAUCAUGUCUUGUUUAUGGCCUGGGUAUUUUUAGCUUGACAUUUUCCAAGUUUUGCUGACAUUUCUUUGUUCUUCGUUGCAGUGUCUUGAUCUGUACGUUUGUUUAAAGAAUGAAUAAAUAUGUUUGAAUGUUUUUUUCAAUAUAAUUGGGUGGCAUUUUGUUCUCGGGCUGAAAAGAAACGGAGACAGCAGAGAUGGCAGUGGCUGAAUGUGAAUCCAUGUUUGAGGCAUGCAGAACCCAGAAAACCCUCUUCCCUUCCAGC